UUUUCACCUACUAUAAAUAGGGGAAAGUAGGAGGGGAAGAGUGGUUGAACAUCAAAGGCAGUGGCAGUACAUCUCUGAUUAGCGAGGAAUCGAAUAGUCUCGAAGAAAUUAAGAAUGUCGGGAGUCACCAAUCAAGAGGAGGACAAGAAGCCCACUGAACAAGCUGCUCACAUCAAUCUUAAGGUCAAAGGCCAGGAUGGUAAUGAAGUUUUCUUCAGGAUUAAGAGGAGCACUCAACUGAAGAAGCUCAUGAAUGCUUACUGUGAUCGACAGUCUGUGGAAAUGAAUUCUAUUGCAUUUCUUUUUGAUGGUCGUCGGCUUCGCGGGGAGCAGACUCCUGAUGAGUUGGAAAUGGAGGAUGGGGAUGAGAUAGAUGCAAUGCUGCACCAAACAGGAGGUGCUAUUGCAUAGUGUAUUGGUUUGUUGAGUUGGUAAUUUAUUAGGGAGAUAAUAUUAGUACUAAGCAGAUUAGUAUUUCUUAAAAACAAUGGGUAGAACUGUUUCACCUGUCUGCAGUACAUCUUUUCUGAACUUUAUUUGCCUAGUAGCUUAGAGUUGUAAUAUGGUGUGUAACUCGGCACAGUGUCUGGUUUUAUAAUGUUAACGAAGCUUGUUUCUUCUUAA